UAAUUUCUAGCCUAGCCGCAGCCAAAGUGAUUUGGUCGCACAUAUCCACGGUCAGCCGAGUAACACUACAAAUUGCAAUCAUGGCGUUGUGUCGAUGUGCAUCGAGAUCAUCGAAUGUUAAUAUUUUUUGCAGAUUUCUCAGCACUUCGCCAUGGAGGACAUUAAAAGAGGGCGUACAAGAGACAAGAGUUGAUACUUUAAAGGAAAAGAGCAUGGACCUCACCACGGUCUCAGGCAUCCCGGAGGAGCACAUUAAAACCCGCAAGGUCCGCAUCUUCAUCCCAGCCAAGAAUGCCAUGCAGUCGGGAACCAACAACACCCACCAGUGGAAGCUGGAGUUUGAGACCAGGGAGAGAUGGGAGAACCCCCUCAUGGGCUGGGCUUCCACGGCUGACCCACUCUCCAAUGUAGCACUGUCAUUUCGCACUAAGGAGGAGGCUGCGAGUUUUGCCGAAAAGAACGGGUGGUGGUAUGAGAUUGAAGAGCUGCCAUCCAGAGCAAUGAGGCCCAAGUCGUAUGGUGCCAACUUCUCCUGGGACAAGAAGACAAGAGUUUCCACCAAAUAGGCAUAGCCCAGAUGCUCGCAUGAGACAGCCAGUCUAAAUUAUUCCAAACUAGAGUUUUGUUUUAUAACUUACAUUUAGGAGUGUCCAGAUCGAGGCACCGUUGACAAGUAGAGUAUUCUUGGGUCUGUUGGUGAUUUUUUUCAAGAAGUGUGUAGAGACAAAUUGCAUGUGUGAAGAUUUUUGGUUGAAUGCCAUUGGAAGAGUGAAAAAUGAUAUGACUAGCAGUGGGCAGGGGCUGAUUUUUUUCUCCCAUUAGAGGUGAUUGUUAGCCCUCGAAUUCGGUUGCUUUCAUCUUGUACGAGUUCCAAACUGCAUGAAACCUGCAGUUGAGUUCAUGUAUUGUAUUCCACAAUCCGAAGAGCACCUGUCCCUUGAGAAGAGUUGACUGGAAUUAGAACAUCAGACCCCUAAAGAAAAAGUUGAUUGUAAUGCUGGUAUCUGUUUGCUGUUAGAAUGUCCAGCAAGUGACAUUAUUUGCUGGUUUGUGGAAACAAAGAGUUUUUGAAUCACUGUAAAUAAAGUUUAUUUGUUGAAACAAAGUA